UGGUUUUAAAGCUAAAAAGUCAAUGUUUUUAUGCUAGGACUUGAGUUGACUAUUUGAGACUAUUAAAUUGAUGAAUAACGAUUAAUUUCUAAUUAAACUAAGGGUUUUAGUUUCUUAAAUAGUUGCUAGAAAUUUAGUAAACAUGAUUAAUAAUUAAGUUUCUCCUUUGUGUUUAUAGGAGUUGAUUUCUAGUGAGUCAUGAUUCGCACAGUGGCCCCGUACUUAGGUAUUCCAGGAUUUAAGAUGUUGCUUUCAAAGUACGCAAACCUAGGACACCUAGAGAAGCUAGAGUGUGAGACCCCGCACAUCUAUGUGAAGAAGAUCGAGUUUGCUUGCAACUAUUUUGCUACAGUGCAGAAUCUGCCCGAACUAAGGAAAAAGGAUAUUAUGGCCGAGAUGGUUAUUCAUUGCUUGCCCUCUAGGAACCCAUACAUAGAGUUUAAGAAUCGGUUUCGUGAUAUGCAUUUGGACAGUGGUAUUCCUAACUAUUACAAGUAUGGUACUCCAGAUGGUAGAUGGAGAUAUGACUUGGAGAUUAUGACCACUAUUAUAGAGCUUGCGGAGGAAUGUUUUGAGGAUGGUAAAACAGUGGAAAACAUCAAUCUUACAGGAUUAGAUAAUGAGACGGAAAUCCAGAUGGAUGAGGAUAGUGAUGAUGAUGUUGUUGAGAUUGAAAACCCUAAUCCUAUCAUGCCUGAACCUACUAUUGAGAUCUCUAGUGACACAGAAAUUGAGCCUGAGACUAACAAUGAUGAAGUGAACAGUGAGCUACAACAGAAUAAUGAGGAUAUGGAGUAUGAAUAUAUCCGGAGGAAGACUUUGAUGACAUCGAAGGCCAUGAGCACUCUCCACCAGUAUGUAGAGGAGGAUGGAUAGUAGAGUAGCAUUUAAAGACUUUUCUAAUAUAAUAGCUAGUGCUUAAUUUUAGUGAAGUAAAAAAGUAGCAAGCUACUAUUUAUGGUUUAGUAGUUGAUUUUGUGGUUUCUCGAAUAAAGUACGAUCCAAAGGAUGUAUUAUUUUCUCAAUUGAACUAAUAAAAGUUUAGAGUUCUUUCUUUUACCUCUAAUUCUAAGUUUACGUUCUCUUUGAGCGAUUGUCGCAAAAGAAUUUCAUGUGUUUCUUCAAUAAAAUCGUACUUGCAAGGUGGUUCAAUUCUUCACCACUUAAACGUUGUGAUGCGGAUUAAAGAGAGAAAGUGGCCCAAUAACAGGCGCCUAUCUUGCUCUAAGGGUCCGAAAUUUUCAUGCAUGUUGUGCUAAUUGUAUGACUUGUUAGUGCAAUGCUUUAGCAAGGCAGUGUCCAAACCCAGUUGUUAAAGUUAGUCUUUUUUUUAUUCAGGAGAAGGGAAAUGACUACCCAAGGGAUUGCCGAUGUGGUUAGGCAACUAGCUGAAGUAGUGCAGAACUUAGCACAGAAUAGGAAUAACCAGGGACUUGAUCUAGCUGGUGAGAUGUUUAAGAAGGUGGCCCAGAGUAAGCCUCCUUUGUAUCAAUGGG